UUAUUGGAACGUCUUAGGAAAACAUUAGUGUGGCAGCCAUAUUCUCGUUCUAGCGGAGGACAGGCAAAGGUCUACGCCCAUUUCGGCCCUCCAUAUACGCGUGUCAUGGAGGAAACUAAAAUUAUAUACCACAUAGACGACGAAGAAACCCCGUAUUUAGUCAAAAUUCCCAAAGCCCCCGACAAAGUCACGUUAUCCGACUUCAAGAAUGUUCUCAAUAGGCCCAGUUAUAAAUUCUUUUUCAAGUCUAUGGACGACGAUUUUGGGGUAGUAAAAGAAGAAAUUAUAGAUGAUGAUGCUCCUCUUCCAUGUUUUAAUGGCAGAGUGGUGUCCUGGAUCGUGUCUGCUGAUAGUAGUGUAGUUUCAGAUAAUGUUUCACAAUGCGGCGAAGGCGAAAGUGGUCGGCCACCUCCUUAUCACCAUGGGGACACAACAAGUCACUUGGAAGAUUCUACUUGUACAGAAACAGAAAGCAUCAUGUCUACCAGAAGAGGUAUUACGAGAGGUAGUUCAAAAACCUGGCCCUAUAAAGCUGGUUGUGGCGAAGUGUUGGGACCCCAACCCCAAAGGUUACUUCACCAUACCUCGCACUGAGCCAGUUCGGCCGAUUGACCCCGGUGCGUGGGUAGCACACACUCAAGCAUGCCGAGGAAUACCAGUGUCAUCCCUGACAGGCGAAUUCCCUGGUCGCCCACCCUCGGUCAGCACACUAACGUCGACCAGCUCCUCCAUCACUUCCAGCAUACCAGAGUCUGAGAGACCGUAUGAGGAGAUGAAACUCACGGUUAACACACCCAUGGACACCAUAGUAAGGGCUAUGGCAGCGCCUGAUUCUGGUUUAGAAAUUCGAGAUCGAAUGUGGCUGAAAAUCACCAUACCCAAUGCGUUCAUUGGAGCUGAUGUUGUUGACUGGUUACACCAAAGAGUGGAUGGAUUUCAAGAUAGACGUGAAGCGCGAAAAUAUGCUGCACAGAUGCUAAAAGCUGGUUAUAUAAGGCACACGGUUAAUAAGAAAGAUUUUUCUGAGCAGUGUUACUACGUUUUUGGUGACCUUUGUGCAAGUUUAGCAGGAUUGAAACUUGGUGAGGACGACACCUUGAGUGAAGCCGAUAGGGAUACUUUAGCACCAUUACCUCCUCCCUCAGCCUCAUCACCUUGGGGUGGGCCGCAUAUGCCAUAUGCUGGUACUUACGUUCCCCCAGCCACUGGCUAUGCACCCAUGCCCUUCAAUUACACAAAUGAAUCCUAUGCAUUUAACAGAGAUGGCAGCACCAAUAGUGGUUCUGGAAGUAGUGGUGGAACACAGAAGAAGGUGGAACGAAAAUCUGCUUCUCCAGCUCAAAGUGGGAGUGACAGUGAAGCGAGUCAACGGAGUGCGCGACGUCUUGGUAGUGGAGGUGGUUCUGGCAGUGGCAGCGUUGGUGGUAGUGGUGGAGGUGGUGGCGGUAGUGGAACGGCAGGUACGGGUGGAGGCGGCGGCGGCGGAGGUUCAAGUGGCUCUGAGAGAUCGACUGCCACAACACUAUCCCAGCCUCCACAGCAGCCACUAUUAACGCACCCCAUUCUUCAGCACCCAACAGAGGAAGACAUCCAGGGCUAUCAGUUUAGCGAACGCAGCUAGUCAUGCUCAAGAGGGGUUGGAGUCCCAGAACCUGAGCUUACCUUGCAGUGAAAAGUUAUCCAUCAGUGUUAUAGGUGUUAAGCUGACUGUGAAUUUUCAAGAGAUCUUUGAUGCUUUGAAGGUAGUUUCUCCAUAUUUUUCUCAUGGCUUCAUGCGAAUUAAUGUAAAAUGAACCUAAAUUGAUAUUGGAAAACAGUAUUGGAAAAGAUAUUAAUGUCUGUUGAAUAGACAGUACAUGUUUUGAUGUACAGAAUAUUCAGCAAUCAGGUUACUGAGAUAUGGAGAUGUCUGUUUGUGAAAGUAUAACAAAUGUGCAAAAUUACUGAGAAAAUUGGUAAGCUUGACAACAGAUAACACUGGUAAGCUUUAUCACUGGCCCAUCAUGCAAAUAGCGCAGAUUUAAGGACUGUAAUGACAAAGUCAGCUGUUAGUGAACACGACUUGUACAUUAUAUAAUUCGAGUGGGAAAGUUGGUGGGGUAUUUUCAGUACGAGAGCCAGAAAUGAAAUGUAAGAUAUGGUGCUCCUCUGGCUGCUUUAGUGACCAGUGUUUAUUACAAAAAAUAUAAAAAAUGAAAAAUAUAACUAAACCAAGUUAUGAAUACUGUUCAUAAACUUUCGUCUCUUGUGCCUGUCGAAAGUGAAUACCGAAAGGAUGUGCAUGUUAGCAUCAUUUGUCGUUAAUACCGGGCAGACCAUCUGGAUUUGCUUCGGGUGGAAAUGUCAGCAUAGUGUCAAAAAGUAAAAGCAGGUUUAACCAUGCUAAAUAAUGCAUAUUAAAAGUGACUUCCAGGCUUGAUAUUUUCAUAGAUUCUUAUGCAAUAAUUUCAGUGGCAGCCAUUUCUUGGAGGGAGCAGAUUUGAGACUUGUUCUGACUCCUGUUUAUGCAAGUUUGUAUUAGCAUUUUGUUUAUAUGUGUUGUACAGUUUAUAUUGCAAAAAGUUGUGGAGUCAGAACCCCCUGCGCCUCUUUCUCAAAGAUGCACCGAGACUCUUUGAAAGCCAUGACGAGCCUUGCUCAGAACUGAGCCUUCAUGAAGACCUCUUCAGAGCCUUCCCUUACUGAGGCUCAUUCUCGUGAUAUGAUAAUCAGACUCUGUUGGGUCCAUCAGAGGGAGUUCCUUGUGCGUUUUUCUGUGAAUCAAAGUGACACGUCAUUAGGUAUCAUAUAUUGUCUUAAUCCUCGUUUUGUUGUAAUAUACAAAAUAAUCGUGGAUGGUGGAAAUUAAGGCCUCAGACAUUAUGACUGUCAAAGGAUGCAUAGCCUCUGCUUUGGGGUUUUGGUGCCGUAGCAGUGGCUAUAGCUGUGUGUAGUGUUUUCUAUACUUUCUAAAGAUGCAGCUGUGCUAUGACUCCUUCAGGGCAGGUAUCGGUAUUCAGGAGGAAAAUACUUGAAACAUUAAAAUAUAUUAAUUAAAAAAGUCAUUGUUCAACAAUUAAUCAAAUUUGGAAUGCUAUUUAAAUUGUAUAUACAGUAAUGGUAUUUGAAAGAGAGUGAGGCAUAGAUCUGGUAUGCAGUUCACUUUCGUGAACUAUAUUGUAAACAGAUUCCAUGGGUAAAUUCGUUGGAUAUUACAUUUUAAUGAACCAAGUACGAAGAUAAAAAGUAACUUGAUUAUAUUUUCAGUAUUUUUUUUGUCCAAGAUAAUUUGUAAAAAUUUAAAGAUUAGGUUGAAAAGUGUUUUAUUUCAGUUGUAUUUGGGCUGUCUUACUUUUCAGGUCAUUUUUAUACUUCCAUUACUGAAUGAAAUAUUACCUGUGAUAAAAUAUUUGAACAGUAUUGUGUCUGGAAGUAUAAUUGCAUCGGGCAGAAUACUGCCAAGGUGGAAAGUAAGCUUGAAUCAUGCAGAGUUCAUGUAGCAUCUUUCAGCCUCUUUAAUAUCUCUCCUUCCUAUCCAGAACAAAAAACUCAAAUGUAAGUGGCAUAUCCAGGUUUCCCCUUUCUGGUUGCUUGAUGACUGUUGCACAAGCAGCAUUUUGUGAAUAUUUUACUCUUCUUUUCCUGUUUUCCCUUGAGGCUUGGAGCUAUAUUGGGGAGCUACAUGUUAGAUGAUGCCAGUUCAGGUGAAUUUCUGGCUUGAUGGAAUAUUCUGCAUUUGGUUUGUUUUUCGUUCUUCAGUUUUGCCGAGUUGCAACUAUUAAAUUAAUUUUUCUACAUAAAUACUUGUGGUUGAUAAGUUCCUAUUUUUUCCCUUUAUAUGAUGAAUUUUGGCAGAGAUUCACUCCUCUUACAGAUGCACAAAUGCAGUAGACGACUAAAGGGAACUUUGUAUGCUGAAACAUGAUAUAUAUAAAUAUAUAUUUUUGUUUUUAAUCCAAUUUUGGUAAUGUAAGGUAUUACCCCUUUUUUAUAGCAGCUAUGUUUUAUCAUUUUUAACAGCUAACAAAACAGGUAAGAUUUUCAUCAUGCUAAUGGGCUGGAAGUCACCAUAUCUUGUAUAUAUUCAAUAUACUGUAUACUGUAGUGUUAUGAAAUUACCAAAGUGUCUUCAUUGCAGCCUGUGAUGCAUUGCCAAAUACAGGGUUUUGGGUUCUCUGAGUUCAUUAUUCAUCUCUGCCAUUUAAUUGUGACUUUUUGUUCCUUAAAAUUUAAAGUUUAAAUAUGGAACAAGAGACUUUGUUUCUUUGGGCCAGUUUACCAAGAUGUUUUUCUUGUCAUUGGUUAAUGUUUAACUGGACUUUUAGAUGUACAGUACAGUAACUCUUAAUAUUUUUUUUUCAUUGUUCAUACAUUUUUUAUGGAACAAGCAUGAACAGCUUCCAAAACGUGAAAGAGGCCAAAGUCAUUAUAACUGUCAAAGAUACAACAUAGAUAUUUUCUUAUGAAACACUGGCUUGUGAACAUGCUGUAUACUAUAACUCAAAUUGUUUGAUAAAAGAAAAAAUUGCACCAUACUUGCUGCAUAUUACCUACAAAACAGGAGACAUGAAAGCAAAUGAAUGUUUCAUUUUCAGACUGAAAAUUAUAUUUCAAGAUUUCUUUUAAAGCCAGUUGUUACAUUUGUGUACAUGAGUCUCCUCCUUUCGUUUCGCUUCGUAUAAUGGAUUAUGCUCGAUGGGAUCCAAUCUGGUUCUUAUUAUUGUAAGUCAUAGAGGUCAAAUAUACUACUUGAACAUGGA